AGCUGGAAGAGGGAUUCAAAUUUCUGCCCUUGGUGACAGACCUGGGGUCGAGUGCAUUGGAAGACAUGCGGGGUGAAGAAGCACCUUGAAAAAAAAUGUAAAACUCAACAGCUGUAUUAUAUAUGCAUUUUUUUGUUUCUUAUAAGAUGUAUUUUAAGGGUGACUCAUGUUGUAAAGACUGCUCGGGUGUCUGUGAAAUUCCGUUAACAGCACACUGAUGCAUUUUCAUGUGAUUGCAAAAAAAAAAAAUGGAUUUGUGCUAACAUAACAAGGCUUCCUUUACAUUCAAAAAGGGGUAGCAAAUGUUAAUUCCUCGUCAAACGCGCUGUUGUCAGUUUAGCGUGUUGGAUGGAUUUGAAUGUUUUGUUUGGAAUGAGAAGAGCCGAACUUAGAUAUAAUCAAAAACUUUGAAAACCGAAGUUAUUUUAAAUUAUACGUCUACUUAAGCAAUAUACAUAGAAGAGAGGCGCCGGGGAUUUAAAUACAUCCAUCCCCUGUACGUACUGGACAACUCCAGCCCAGAGCAGUAAACACGAGUAAUACUCGUUUUGGGAGUUGAUGAGCGCUGGCAGAUCCUCAUUAGCCGGAUCACCUGUUUAUGUUACAAAGAACUAACAAGAAACCGAGAAGCAACUGUAUUUCCAGAGCGGAUACUGACAAUCCUAGUUGUGUGUAAAGAUUUGAAAAGCCGGUAAGAAAUGGAGCGUUUGCUGUUUUAUCUGUCCCAGAACCAACACCAGGGCUGGAUCAGCGUCUCGGAUAUGACGGGCCCUCCCACACAUUGGAUGUCCUGUGGUCAUCCCUUCACUGAACCAGCAGUAUGGAACCCCAAAUUCUGCAUUGUUACAGAUGGUCAGCUGCUCUUACUGGACAACGAAGAGAUCCAUCCCCUGCUGCUGCAGGAGAGACGAGCUGAGUCAUGCAAAGCGAGGUUACUGCGUCGGACGAUCAGCGUUCCAGCGGACAGCCAGUUUCCAGAAUAUCAGGCGGAUCUCCCGAUGGAGCAAGGUGAGUCUUGAGAAAAGACCUC